AUUUCAAAAUAACAACAGUUUUGUUGGCAUUCUUUAGGGAAAAAUGCAGGUUUUUUAGAAGCUUUUUUGGUUUCUUUGGAAGCAAUUAACAGACAGAUGUAUAACACCAGAAAGGACCACUUUAGCCGAGGCUGAUUCCUUACCUAAUACAGGCACAAUAACUCCACCAAAUUUUCUCUUCUGAGUUCAGUAACUUGCAGUGAAACAGAAUGUGUAGACAAGCCUAGGUGUCUGUUGAGGUCUCACAGUGACUGCAGGUUGGGGGAACUCUCGCUGUAUCUUGUGUUAAUUCUCCUCUGUGUUUAUGUUUAUGUGCUCUUGAAUUCAUUUUCUACUAUUACUCCUACAUUUUCCUACAUCUGCAAUUGAAAGUAUACAUUUCCUUGCAGGAGGAGAUGUACAGCACAUGCUUACAUAACUUACAGUGUAUUUGUGUAGUUUCCAAAAGGAGCGUUAUAAUUGGAAGCCAGGCAUAAUGCCCAAGAGAAAAGUGGUAAUCGCACCUUUGGAGAAUUACAAGGCUUGAGGUGCAGCUGAGCACUUUCACGUCUUGUUAGCCACACUCCCUGGAGUUUCAUUAUACCAGUAAUGAAAUGCCUGGUUUAUGUGUCAUUGGUGGGAACUGUCAGUCUUUGGUUUAGACUUAGGUUUGCUUAUUAUGGUAUGCUUGUUACACAAACAGAUUGGGAGGGUUUUGGCUGUUUUCUUCAUUUGUUGCUGGAUCUCUAUGGGUGAUAUGAAUGGUGAGGAAGGUCAGCAGUUGUAACAUGUUCAGAUUGAGACUUCUGAACUAGCGAACCAAUCUCUUGAAUUAUUUAAACCGAGAGAUUAAAAAUAUCCAUGAAUCUUUCUGAUUGGCAGCCCCUAAGCAUGCUAGUCAAUGGAAGAGGAUAAAGAGAUUCCUCCAAAGAGGUCAAGAACUACUGGAUCUGAGGUCCUGUUUAACAUGGUUGUAGAAGUGCCUCGUUGGACGAAUGCAAAAAUGGAGAUUGCCACUGAGGAGCCGUUGAAUCCCAUUAAACAAGAUAUAAAGAAAGGCAAGCUUCGAUAUGUGGCAAAUAUCUUUCCUCACAAGGGUUAUAUAUGGAAUUAUGGUGCCCUCCCACAGACCUGGGAAGAUCCAAACCAUACAGAUAACAAUACAGGAUGCUGUGGGGAUAAUGAUCCUAUCGAUGUUUGUGAAAUAGGUUCAAAGAUUCGUUCUUCUGGUGAGAUUGUUCAGGUGAAGGUCUUGGGUGUUUUAGCUCUUGUUGAUGAAGGAGAGACAGAUUGGAAGAUAAUUGCUAUCAGUGCGGAUGACCCAGAUGCUCACAAAAUCCAUGAUAUUGAUGAUGUUAGGAAGUACAAACCGGGUUACCUUGAGUCUACGGUUGACUGGUUCCGAGCAUAUAAAGUCCCUGAUGGUAAACCGCAAAAUCACUUCGCUUUUAAUGGAGAAUUUAAAAACAAGGAUUUUGCUGUUGAAAUUAUCAAAUCCACCCAUGAAUACUGGAAAGCUUUGCUUCAUAAAAAAGCUGAUGGAGGUAAUCUUAAAUGCACAAAUGUUCUGGUGAGGGACAGCCCAUUUUGUUGCAGUGAGGAGGAUGCCCGAUCAAUUGUGCAGUCGGCACCAGCGCAUGUGAAUGGAGAUUCUGUUUCCCCAGAAGUUGAUUCCUGGUACUUUUUCACCAAGUGAUCGUCAAAGUGUUCUGAAGUUGCAUCAUCAAAUCUGGAAGUCGUCCCUUUUUUGAAGACCAGCAAAAGCACUAACUGUUGGGUUCCUGUUGAAACAACUUUCCAACUUGUGUAAACAGUCUCUCAUGUAAAUAAACACUGACAUUAUAAAAUGAA